AUGGAUAACAUCGAAAAUGUGAAGCUUUAUGCCCAAGCUUUGGAUUCGGCUGUGGACUCUCUUACAGUGGAGAUCAAGGCACUUGUGGCUCAGACCCUCAAUGAGCGCAGUGCUGCCAUCACGCCGUUGGAAAGAGCCGAAUUGACCAACAACUACGCCUACAGCAUAUCCUCCCUCUUCUUCUCGUUCUUGAAAGCCAGUGGGGUUGACACAAACAAACACGGCAUCAUGGAUGAAUUGUCCAGGGUGAAGUCGUACAUGGCUACCGUCAAACAGGCAAAGGCCGGCAGUGAAGAUAAGAGUGCUGACGCUGAGUUGGCCAAAAGAUACUUAAAGUCUGCAUUGGGUCAAGGCAACUCCACUGUCGUAACCGGUGCGCAUACCCCUGCCAUCAGUUCAGCCCAUUUUACCGGCACCCACACAAAGUUUGCGAAGGACAACGAGACCCCUAAAGCAGUUAGUGUAUCUAAAAAAGACGUCAAGAAAGUUGGUGCGGAAAUUAAGGGCAAAAAGAAGACUAAGAAGACCAGUAAGGUCACCAAGCCCUAGAUGGGGUGUGUCCGAUGACUCCUGUCUAGGGUAUUGUAUAUUAUUCAAAUAAAAGGUUAGGUUUGAAAA